UCACCACAUCUCUGAAGAUCAUCUGAACCAUCGUUAGACAGGAAGACCUCUGCGACUGAGCAUGGAGCUGGCUUUGCUUGAAACUGUCUUCUUGCUUCUUGCUCUGGCUGCUAACCCGACCCUAGCGGCCACCAAUGUUGGAGUAGGCUCCCCCUGUUCUGCUGCCGACACCUGCGUGACUGGCGCUGUCUGUGACCGAGUCUAUGCCAAGUGCUUGCUGACACAAGGCCAGGAGUGUUCAGGCGAAAAUGCAAACAACUGUGUGUCGGGUGCCUACUGCCUGACUACUUGUGAAUGUGAAGAUGACUAUACGGCUGUGUCCAAUCUCUGUGAACCUGCAAACUCUGGCACUGGAGACAUCAUCCGAAACUCUAAGCGCAACACUCAUAAAAAGAUGUGGAUGACUUGGUAGAGACUCCUACUGGGCAGACAGUCGUUGACACCAGUUGGAGAGUACCACAGCACAUCUGCAGCUGUCUGUCCAUCGUCAGCUGAUGACUGUGUUGCUGCCAUGCUCUGUGUGAUUAUCAUGAAGCUCUGUGUCACGGAGAAGCAUCAGUCUGUGACCAGAUGAAAGUGUUAGCGAGACACAGAGAAAAUCACACAUCCGACUUAUCCACGAUGUGUUUAAUCAGAAAUAAAAUGUAAAGCAUU